GAGCUUUCCUGCCCAGACAUGGAACACUUAAUCCACCUCCUCUACGCCGACCGAAACCGGACGAAGGUCGAAGAGUCUCCGUGCGCUGGCAUCCUGUGUGAAGAGGUUCCAGAGAACUGUGAUGGACACUAUCGACAUGCUCGUCGACAGGUACUUCCCCCAUAAAGCCCACGAAAAGAAGUGGCUGAUGCUAGACAUCGCGAAGGCGCUUAACCUGCAGCCUGAAGAAGACGAAGACGGUGACGAAAUGGUCUACUACAAGAUGGGCGACUACGACGUCUUUCUGGAGGAGCUACGGGAGCCCACCAUUUCCGACGAAGAGAAGGCCCUGCUGUUCGGAAAGUUCUUCGCCGAGGUACGCAAGGUCGCCAAGGCCGAGCGAAAGCUCAGGCUCGACGACCUGGAAGAAGUCUGGAAGAUGGGCGGCGGCAAACUGCCACAGCCCGCCGUGCGAUCGUUCAUAGCUCUUCUGAAACUCGUCCACAGCAAGAGAAUCUCGCUGAAGACUGAGGAGAGGAUCCGUCUGCUCAAGCUUGCCCUCAGGUGUGACGGUCACGAGUGCACGAAGCUCAGCUCCAGUGACAUCCACAACCUCAUCUUCGCGCUGUGCAACGUCGGAAUUCGCGACGGUUUCGGCCUUCCGAAGGAACUGAAGAGCCAAGUCACAAAGUUUAUACUGACGCUCAAGGACAAUUACAUCGAUUCAAUAUCGAUUAGAAGGUGGAAACGCAGCUCGAGCCUUCUAAAACCCAAGUCGCACGAUUAUCUCUCGGCCAGCUCUCCCUCCGAACUGCGAUACCUAAAAGAUUGGCUACAGAAGCCGAUGGCUCUUACCCAGAAGAAGGCGCUCCUCAAAAACACGGGACGUUCUAAUGACGACCCCUCUCGAAACAAGGAGUCUGUCCUCUCGCAACUUUACAACGCCUACGUUAACGAAAAGAGGCCGGACAUCAAGACAGUGCUCGCCGAACGGUUGCUUGAUACGUACAACGACUCUUUCAAGCAUCUCGGUCCCGAAAUGGAAGACACGGAGAAGUUUGUGCUGACCGUUGUUCAACAACUGCCAUCGACGUCUUCCAGGCACAACGACUUGGUCCUGGGCAUUCUGGAGCAGUGCAUUCGGCGAGGCAACCCCUGUCUAAACAUCAGUAGCAGUGAGAGCAUAGCGCCUCUGAAGGUAAUACUGCAAAACAUGUCGCUAAAGCAAAGUCCGAAGUUCGUCCCAAGCCUAAGUCACGAACUUUUCGCCGCUGCGAAGAAGGCUAGGACACACGUAGACUUGUCUUGGCUCACAAAUAACGGCUCGGCUCGCAGAACGUCUCAGACGAGAGUACCACACCUGCUUCAAGUACCGUCGAGAGCUUCUAGAUUGUCCUGAAACAAGAGUCUCAAGUUUAGUGCGAACUAAAACCAUUCCUCAAGGCCCGCGACGAACAAAUUUGUCGCGGAUCUUGUUUAUUUGUUUGAGAGUGUAAUAGAUCAGACAGGCGUUUCUAUUUUUUUUUUUGUCAAUGUUGCCUAAGUUUUUCUCCGCAUGCCCCUAUGGCAUGUAAUGUACAGACCAGCAAACGUAACAAGAUCGGUUAAUGUACAGAAAAUAAAAAAAAAUACUGGCAUCGAAGCCUGCCAGUCCGGUUAAAGUCAAAUAAACAAUA